UAUUCAUCCCCUUAUAUUCAAUUUUUAUCAAAACUUAAGAGAGUGAGCUUGAAAUCUUCCUAACGAAGGAUGCGACCGUGGAGUGCGAAGAACUUCGGCCGAGGGCUAUUUUUUCCCAUAAUCUUCUGUUGACAGAAGAAGAAUCUACUUGUAGGCGAAGAACGCUUCCAACAACAUCACCUGUAUCCUUCGAGGAACUGGUUUUCAGUUCCGAUCCCAAAUUCAAAUCGAGCACAACAGUUUGGAUUCGAAACUUGAAAGAUGCAAAAUUGGUUUUCCGCCGGCGCCGGUGACAGUAGCAGCGAUAGUAAUCGCAAUUCACUUCCAAAGACGCUGUCAUCUUCCUCUUCGUCGCUGCUAGCGGAUUGGAACUCUUAUGCUGCUACAAAAGGCUCCGAUGUAGGCUCUAGUAGCCUCGUUGGUUCGUUUGAUAUUGAAUCGGCUGUUAGGUCUGCCAACGACACUGUGACUGGCACCUUCAAUGUGGUAUCUAGAGGAGUGAGUAACAUACCAGGAAAUUUACAGUCUGCUACAAUAAUAGUCCCUCAGAAAUUUGCUCUUUGCUUCACUGUUGGAUGUGGUUUCAUAAUCGGGGCAUUCUUCAUGCUUAAAGGCCCAAAAAAUCAGUUUCUGCAUAUGACAUCAACAGAGAGACUUCCUUUCACAUUGGGGUUCAUAGGCAGCAUGGUGGGGACCAUUUAUGUUUCCAUGGUUCUUCAUAGCUAUAUCCUCUCUGUGUUCUUUGCUGUUAUUCAGGUUCUUGCUCUUGCAUACUAUUGUAUUUCAUAUUUCCCGGGUGGAUCAGCAGGGAUGAAAUUUCUAACAUCUUCAAUGACUUCAGCAGUCUUGAAAUGCUUUGGGCGUUGACCAUUGACCUUUGUGAUUCUUCUGGAAUUUUGUACUUUUGAACAUAUAGAUAUAGUCCCUUUAUCAUUACCAAAUCUGUUUUUGAGAUGAGUCGAUUGUUUUUUAAUCUAAAUAUUGUGAUUACUUCUUAUUCUUAUGUUUUAAUCUGUUUUGAAACUCCUAAAUAGAAACAAAAUACAAGGAGAACUAGAUAACUUAAUAUUGAGCAUUAGAUCAAAGUCAUAUAAUAGCUCUUUUAGCUUUAAUGAGAUGAACCCCAAUCAUCCCUUACUUGAAGCUCAC